AUGUGCGAUGGAAAAUUAUCGAACGAAACAACAAUCGAUUAUUGGGGUUCAUGUAGAAAAAAUUGUUCAAAUGUGGAAUGUUUUCGAGAUGAUCAACAUUGUAUUUUAACACCGGGCGCUAAUGGACGGCCACAUUGUGUGUCAAGACUUGUUAAUUGUAGCGGCUUUUCACCAGUGUGCGACGUAGACGGUAAUAUGUUUAUUAACGAUUGUCACUUAUAUAAUUCACCUAAAGAAGACGGAACCCAACGAAUUUUAGCUCAUCGAGGGCCAUGUCGACUAGAAAAGAAAUGCACUCAUGACAUAUGUUCUCGCCGACAAACGUGUGUUGAGACACUUGAUGAUCGUCAACCGGUCUGUAUCAGAUGUCCAAACAACACAAGAAUGGUAAAUCGAUUACAACAUUGUCAUUUUGAGCUCAUCUGUGGCGAUGAUAAUGUUCAAUAUUACAGUAUGUGUCAAUUAGUGGAUGCUCGAUGUUUCAAAAAACAAUAUAUUAAAAUUGCUUAUUAUGGUACGUGUCUGCCAACAAUGAUUGAGUCCAUGGAUGAAUAUGAAUAA